AUGGGAAAUGUAACAUCAAAAGAUGAAGAAAAUGAGAAAAGAAGUUUAAUUUUAUUAGAUGAUAACUUUUUGCAUAACUUUCAGAAAAGGGAUAACACUGUCUUUGAAAAAAAAUUAAAAAGUUUAGAAAAAGAUGAUAAUCUAUAUAAAAAUAAUGAACUAACAGAAAUAGAUGAAAGUGUAAAAUCAAAUAAAUCAGAAGACUCAUUAAAAUAUAAUGGUAAAGAAUAUGAUAAACUAAAAAAAAUGAUAAUAGAUGAUUUAAUUUUGGAAAGUGAAAAAUAUAUUAAUACUCAUAAAGAUAAAUUAAAUAUUGUAAACAAAAAUAAUAUAAGAAUUCCUCAAACAAGCAGUGAAUGCUUGUAUAAUGAAAAUAAAAUAUAUAAUUGUCUUAAAAAUAUGACUGAAUCCACCUCUAAUUUUAUUAACUCUUAUACUAGAUGCUAUAGGCAUUUGAGGAAAUAUGAAAGCUGUGUUCAAAAAAUAAAGAUUUAA